AUGCCUGAACAGUUUUCCACCAAGGACAUUAUUCGUUUCUCCGCCGGCGUUACAGGAUACCGCAUUGUGCGGUUGUCAAUAGAGCUCUUUCUGGUUGAACGAACCAGUGAGCUGCAACUGGCGGUCAGUCAGGCAGGACUUCUGUAUCUUCUCUACAGUCUGGCCAAUAUCCUGACAGGAGUUGCCCUCUUCCAUUUUCCCAACGCCAUCUUUGCUGGUGCUGCCACAAAAAAUGGAGCAUUCAUAGUUCCCGUACUUUCAGCAGGAUCCAUGACUGGGGGCCUUUUUGGCAUGUUCCUUGCAGAAUCCUUCAGUACUAUGAUCAUUCCAUCAUUAUUUUGCGGCUUUGGAACAGCUGCUUGGUUUAUUUACUAUCAAACUCUCACCAAUUUGGCAUUCCCCAAGUCUCAGCUGGGAACAGUUGCUCAGAUGAGACAAGGAUAUGAGUGCUUGGGUUUCCUCCUGAUCAGCAUUAGUCUAGCUAUGUUGGACUCAUUAUCCAUGUCUGAAGCUUCUUCCUCCCCUGCUUCUGAUGUGAAUUCAAUGAAAAUGUCGAUAGUACAACAGUCUGCAGUUGUCCUUGGUGUUCUUGCGGCAAUCUUCCAUCUUGUUAGUUUCCCGGUCAUGUCCUCAUAUGCAUCGAUUCUGGUAGCCAGUGGCUCCGCUGCAGAAGAUGAAGACCUAAAAGAUGACAUUGAAAAGCAAACACCAAUUCGGGAAUCCAUUUGGGGUGCACUGCAGCAGUUUUUUGGUACUUCUGUCCGGCAGUACUUUGCGUUACGUUCAAUUCUUGCAGCAUUCUCGGCCAUACUGUUAGGAACAUCCUCACUAACCACAGAAGUCAUCUUUGGUCUUCAGCCCAAUUUUCUAUGGAUUACUGCUAUUGGCUUUCCUCUGGGUGGCAUCAUCUCAGUUGGUUCAGGAAUUCUUUUUGGGAGCUGGGUUCAAAGAGACCCAAAUUCAACGGUUCGAGGCGGAACAACUGGGCUGCUUGUUACCCUCGUCUUGGUCAUCAUUAUCCAUCCCCUUGUAUCUGUGGAGUUGAGUGUCCCAUCUGCCAAGUUCUUUCUUUUCAUUUUUGGGUUGACUGUUGGGAUCAUCUACAGUGGAACCUAUGUGGCAGCAGUUGAACUUUGGUACUUGAGGCUCAAGGACUGUGAUGUUUCCUUUGUAUCAAGGGCAUCUGCUUUGCACGAACUGGGAUGUCAAGCUGUCAUUGCUGGUGUCUUUCAGCUCCAAACAAUUCUCAUUGAAGAGACAGUAAGCAAAGGAGACCCCUCCAGACUGGUGGAAGGACUAGUCUUCUUUGGUCCAAUGGCUGCGUUGUUGCUCAUAGCGUACCUAGUGGCAAUUUCUCUUCCUUUCCCCAAGGAUCCCAUCUUUGGAUGGCCCAUCAAAGAUCCUUUUGGGGGUCGUUGUAACAGAAUCACUAUGGCAGCAUUGGACAAGUUGGGGAUUUGCCCCAUUGCGAUCAGUUCCUUUGCCUGCUUUUCUGACUAUCGUACCUCCAUGUUUGCGGAGGGUCACCUCUCCAGCCCCACCACCCAGGUCCAAAGGGGUCCACCUGUGGAUCCUUCGGCCACACUAUCUCCAGAAUGUCUUCAACGGCAAUUGCAAAAGUAUGACGCAGAAUACAGCACUACCAGCCAGGACACUUGGCACAGAAGCAAGGCCAAUGUUGCCAAUUUCACCACUGGUAACAAAGCCAAUCUGGAGGAACGGUUGCGGUUGAUUGGCAGUGCUCAUUCUGAGAUAUGGAUCACAACAUGGACUUUUGAGGAUUCCAAAAGUGGCAAUCUCUUGUCGGAUGCUCUUAUUGCAAAAGCCCAGGCUGGUGUGGAUGUGAGGGUUAUUGUAGAUGGCUGCAACCUUUUCUAUCUCUAUCACAAGGAGAAACUGACUCGUGCAACCCAAGAGACAAAAGUUCUGCACAAGUUGGUGAAUGGUGGUGUUCAAGUGAAAAUGCUUGAUACCUGGUUUGAGGAUAAGCAACCAUCUUACGUGUGUGGUACACACCGCAAGAUGAUGCUGGUCGAUGGCACUUUUCUCCUUACUGGGGGGCUCAACAUCAGUGAUGAGUACCUGCUUACUGAUACCUUUCACUUCAAAGACGUUGAUGUUACUCUUCAAUCGAGCAGCUUUGCAGAAGGUACAAGGCAGUUGUAUGAGACUCUUUGGAGCAUGUCAAGAGAAGUUCCUUUCUAUGCUUGUGACAUUGACAUCACAACAAAUGGAGAGAAAACACUGUCUGAUGCAUGCAGUGAUGAUUACACUGAAUCGUUACAAAUCACACCCACGGAGACCCAGCCUCCAGAAUCACCAAACAGGAGAUUCUCUGAUUCCCAGACCAGCGACCAUCAACAAAGGCCACCUCAUGACCUAGAAGCUCCAGCUUUUGGUAGCUAUGUCCUCACUGCAACAAAUGACCAGCAAAUGAACUCAGCCAACGAUUCAACAUCUCCCAUCAGCCUAAACAGCUGUCUAAACCGUGAAGUAGCUUUGUUCCAGUUGGAUCACAAGGCAGGGAAUCCAAAGGGCCAGGACAUCAUAUUCUCCACUCUGUUCUUCUUGAUUGAGACAGCUCAGGAGAGCGUUGAGUUAGUCUUUGGCUACUUUCAGCUCCUCCCUGGUCUAGAAGAGGCCAUUGCAGGUGCCAUUGCCAGAGGAGUCAAGGUCCGUCUCAUUACCAACUCAGAAGAGACAAAUGAUAUGACUUUUGAAAACCAGAGCUUUGGCCACGCAUUGAGACGUGUGCUGGAACUCGGUGUAGAAGUUUACUUGCCGGCAAAGAAGAAUGAUGGCUCAGCCAAUUACUGCCUCCAUUACAAGAUGGCCAUCAUUGAUACCAAGGCAGUGCUGCUGGGAUCCUGGAAUUGCCUUGGUUUUUCCACCUUCCACGAUGAUGAGUUUUCUGUUGUGAUGUUUGGCGGACAGACGAAAAGUACUGAUGAAGGGGAGGUUAGGGCCUUGGGAAGUGCCCUGUUCGAUUACUUUCUGGAAUCCAUUACAGAAGGAGAUCUGGUUCGCGUUGAAUCAAUACCAGAGGACAGUUUUGUGGUCCUUUCCACUUUCGAGCAUUUGCAACCAAGAAUGCUGCUUGUCAAAUGCAAAGGGGCUUUUAAGUACUUUGACUUAUAG